ACAGGAGAUGAACAUGCAAACAAAUGCUGUCAAUAUUGUGGCGCACAACAUCCCUUACUGCUUUCCUCCGUCCUAGUGGUUGUUGAUGAUGAUGAUGGGUGUGCACGCCGCCGGAACUGCGGUCGUGCACCCAAGCAGUCGGCGGUGGUUACAGGUGGGUGCUCCGCCAUUAAUGUCAUCAUCCCUAUCAGCGUCUCCCUCAUCAUCGUCAUCAUCUCCCUUGUUCAUCAUCCUCAUUAUUGGUUCAUUACUGCUCAUGCCGUCACAUGCAGCCCCCGCCGCCGGCAAUGACCUCGACUCAUUGGUUGACAGCUCAGCCGAUGCCCUCAUCAAUUUCAAAAAUUCCCUCGUGGCGGGCCCCAAUGGCGUAUUAGCGUCAAGAGAACUCGCGUCCUGGGAUCCAGCGACCAGCCCGUGCUCAGGCAACGCUGAGAAUUGGCGCGGCGUACUCUGUUUUAACGGUGAUGUUUGGGGUCUCCAGCUGGAGAAUUUCAACCUUUCCGGUGAUAUCGACGUUGAUUCUCUCACUCCCCUCCGAUUCCUCCGGACUUUGAGUUUCAUGAACAAUGCAUUCGAGGGGCUAAUGCCUGACUGGAGAAAGCUCGGCGCACUCAAGUCUCUAUUCUUGUCCAAUAACCGCUUUUCUGGCGAGAUCCCCAACAACGCCUUCUCCAGCAUGACUUCUUUGAAGAAAGUCUAUUUGUCAAACAAUAACUUCGUCGGGAACAUUCCCAUCUCUCUUGCAACCACACCAAGGUUGUUGGAAUUGAAGCUCGAAAACAAUGGCUUCACCGGAACCAUACCAGAGUUUCCCCCAGGACUUAAAUUGCUCAACGUUUCUAACAAUAAGCUUGAGGGUCGGAUCCCUCGCAGCAUAUCGGUGAUGGAUCCUUCUACUUUUGCUGGUAAUAAGAACUUAUGUGGGAAGCCUCUAGAAACGGUUUGCAAGACAGAAAGCCCUCCUCCUCCUUCACCAACUCCUCAAUCGGCACGUCCAAAUUCGGAUGAAGAAACUACAGUGCCAUCAUCCUCGUCGUCAUCAUCUAUAAGUAGACUGCUAAUGUUGAUUGCAAUUUGUUUGUUGGCAUUGGCCGUGAUCAUUUUGCUCAUUAUAAAUGUACUACGCAACCGUCGUAAUGAAGAAGCUACUUUGGGAGGUAGAGGUCACACAAUCGGCCCAUCAUUUUCUCCCUACAAUACUAAUUCUGAAGAUCUUACCGGUGUCACGUCUUCUCCUGGAGUGGUGCUCUCAACCAACCCAUCGAGCUAUACAGCUGCUAAAGUGGGAGGAGGAGCAACUUCUGGUGUAGGGAAGUUGACAUUCGUUAAAGGGGAUAGGGCACAAUUUGAUCUUCAAGAUCUUUUGAGGGCUUCAGCAGAAGUGUUGGGAAGUGGAAACUUAGGAUCCUCAUACAAGGCACUUAUGAUGGACGGUCAAGCCGUAGUUGUGAAGAGGUUUAAGCACAUGAAUCAUGUUGGGAGAGAAGAUUUCCACGAACAUAUGAGAAGGCUAGGAAGGCUUGAUCACACUAAUUUGCUCCCACUGGUUGCUUACUAUUAUAGGAAAGAAGAGAAGCUCUUGGUGGUUGAUCAUGUCCCCAAUGGCAGCUUGGCUACUCAUCUUUAUGGCAAUGAUUCAAGACUUGAUUGGCCAACGAGGUUGAAGAUUGUGAAAGGAGUUGUAAGGGGAUUAACCUACCUUCAUGUAGAGCUACCAAGCCUAGUGACACCUCAUGGUCACCUAAAAUCUUCCAAUGUGCUUCUUGACAACUCAUUCAACCCCAUCCUUAUGGAUUAUACAUUGGUGCCGGUCUUAAAUUCAGAUCAACUCCAAAACAUCAUUAUCGUCUACAAGUCCCCCGAAUACGCAAGGCAGGGUCGCACCACUAAGAAGACUGACGUUUGGACCUUAGGGAUAUUGAUAUUGGAGAUCAUGAGUGGGAGGUUCCCCACAAGCUACUUAAUGCAGUGCCCAGGAUACGGAUCCGAAUUAGCGAGUUGGAUAGACUCCAUAUCUGUCGGGUUAGAUAAUGAACAAAGCAACCUAAUAUUUGAUAAAGAAAUGGGAGAUACGAGAGGAAACUAUGGUGAGAUGCGAAAGCUGAUCGAGAUCGGGCUCGCUUGUUGUCAAGAAGACUUGGAUAAAAGGUGGGAUUUGAAGAAGGUCUCGGAAGAAGUUGAAAAACUCAAAGAGCGGGAUGACGACUAAUUCAAAAUUGUUAAUUAUAUAUGUGUUGUAUUUGUAUGAAAUGAACUCUUCUAAUUAUAUAUGGUUGUCAUUCUUAAUUGUUCAUACUUAUUCAUGACCACCUUUAAACUCUUCUCAUUGAGAAGAUUGAUCAAACAUAACAUGUAAUGCCAAAUCAAUCAAACAGUGACUAACUUUGAGAAAG